GUCCACCUCUACUUCAGCGCUCUACCUGAAGACAAAGUUCCCUAUGUGAACAGUGUGGGAGAAAGAUACAGGGUGCGUCAGCUGCUGCAGCAAUUGCCUCCUCAUGACAACGAAGUGCGCUACUGCCACGCUCUCAGCGACGAAGAGCGGAAAGAGUUGAGGUUGUUCAGCGCCCAACGGAAGAGAGAGGCUCUCGGAAGGGGCGCUGUGAGGCAAAUCCCUGGCACCAUGAGAUGUGACCUGUGCUCGGAAUCCCUCUCAUCGGGGGAUAUUGGAGUGCUGGCAUCCAGAGCAGGGCCCAACAUGGUUUGGCAUCCAGCCUGCUUCACCUGCUGCGUUUGCAGGGAACUGCUGGUGGAUCUAAUCUACUUCUUCAAAGAAGGACGACUGUAUUGUGGAAGGCAUCAUGCGGAAACCGUCAAGCCCAGAUGUAGUGCUUGCGAUGAGAUAAUACUUGCCGAUGAAUGCACCGAAGCAGAAGGACGGGCAUGGCAUAUGAAGCAUUUUGCGUGUUCGGAAUGCGAAAGGCAACUAGGAGGUCAAAGAUACAUAAUGAGAGAUGGACGUCCCUAUUGUUUACACUGUUUCGAUGCCAUGUUUGCGGAAUAUUGCGAUAGCUGUGGAGAACCAAUCGGGGUUGACCAGGGGCAGAUGAGUCAUGAAGGCCAACACUGGCACGCCACUGAGAGCUGUUUCUGUUGCCACACUUGCCGCACCUCAUUGCUGGGAAGGCCAUUCUUGCCCCGUAGAGGAGCCAUCUACUGUUCAAUUGCCUGCAGCAAAGGAGAACCGCCCACACCGUCGGAUAGCAGCGGCCCCGGCACUCGGCUCCCCCGCCACGUUAAGCAACGCGGUAACAAUCCCUCAGGGUCCCAUCAAAACGACAGAGCCGCUUCCCCCAGUGAAACCAGCUCGCCUCCAGGUUCGCCCUCCACCUACCCAGCACACCCCCAGCGUUCCCCGAUCACCAGCACGCCAUCCAGCCCCAUUGGUUCGAUGUGCUCCCCUCAGAACCACCCCGCUCAGUAUUCAUUGAGCAGUGUUAGUCAAAGUCACGUACCUGCUUCCCUGCAAAGUCUCAGCCACACGCCGUCACCGAUCAGAUCGCCGAAAAUGGGGCGGCGAGCCCUACAGCGCAGCCCUAAACCUGGAGGCUCUUUGGCUAGCACUCCCACACCUUCGGAAAGCGGCGACAAGGAGUUUGAGGCCCGAGAAGCCACCAGUAGGGAGGUUGAAGAUCGAAUUGGAGGGACGGAGAAGAGCCUCGAUAGGGUUCUGUUGGAGCGAAACCUAGACAGGCUGCUUUCUGAGCGAGGCAACUCGACGCAUCAUUCUCCCGAUCUGGAAAAGUUGCUCAGCGCGAGGGACAGGAGCAGAGAACCGUUGCACUUAGCAGACCUAAGUCUGGAUGAUUGGGCGGAUAGGCUAAGCUACGAUGGCGACAAGAAAGACGAUUACCCAGCCAAAGAAGAAAAAGUUGGUGCUAAAGGCCUGGAACAGGGUACAGUGCACGCUAAUAGCAUGCCAGAGCUACCU